AUGUCAGAGACUAUCUCCCAGGAUGACUUAAAAUCUCAGUUGGCAGAGUACGAAGAACAACUGCAAGAAAUAGAUGCACUGAUUGAAGGAGAUCCCACUAAUGAGGAGUACCUCGCGCUCAAGCAAUCAACCUUGGAGUUAGUAUUAGAACUGCGCGACGUUCUUAAACCCGCGACUUUCUUGAACGUGCAUGAAACACAGACACUUCCAGCCGGCUUGAAUCCUUCGCAAUCGGAGGGUUCUACUAUUGAGCAGCCAGUUUCGCUGGCGCAGGUCGCCAUCGACUCCGGGCUGUAUGUGGGUCUCAUUUGCGACACCGUGUGGCCAAGGGAUGGGCAGUGGUACCCUGCCAUCAUAGAAAGCAUUUCAGAUGUGGGUGUACGUGUUAAAUUUGCUAGGUAUGGCGAUGUUCUUACCGUAGAUCCUAAAUAUGUUCGUCCAAGUGAAAAAAUAGUAGAGUACAUCGAAAGGCGAAACCCGUGCUCGACCGGUGGUCAAGACGUCUCAGGAAUUCAACCGAUGACCAAGCGGACGUUGCCGAGUCACUUACAUAUUUUGGAAACAGAUGACCAGCACACCCGCGAGGUCAAAAGAAAGAAAAUUAAACUGUGGAAGCAAGAAAGAAGAAAAGAAGAACGAGAUUUGCUAGACCACAAAUCAAAAAUGACGUGGCAGCUCUUCAACAAGAAAAUGACCAGUAAAAAGAAGCUGGGUAUGAAGAAGGAAUCUAUAUUCAAGAGUUCGGAAGGUGGCAGAAUCGGAGUCACUGGGUCAGGAAAAGUUAUGACACAAGCCUCGCAGUACGAACACAUUAAAAAACAGAGCUCCGGAUAUUUACCGUCUGUAGCUGCUACAAAUACUUUGACAGCUUGCGAGCCGUUGACACAAAAACAAAGCCGUCACACAGAAAAUAUUGCGUCAGAUGACCAUGUUCGCCAUACACAAGCGAAGUGAUAGUGUGUUCGGAGGUUGGCGUCAAAUGCGCGGUUUUUGCACUAGUAGCGAUGACCCCUCCUACACAGAGGCUAUAAGAAGAAUCCGCUGAGGAGAGGGGUAUACAGAGCACAAGACGCGCGCGUACAUGAGAUGUCGUCAGCGAGACGAAUUGUGUAUGCUAUUGGCGAUCAAAAUGGAGCACAGGACUGGAGCAGCAUUUGUGCAUUCACGCGUCUGUGAUUCUCUGUCGCCUGCGGAUGAUGCUGGCUCGUAGUUCUCAAGAAGGAGAGUUAUAUCAA